AUGAUGAAGAGCUCACCGUUGAAAUGGGCUGACGCCGAUGAAAGGUCGAGCAGUGACAAUAGUGACACCGAUUUGCCCACUGAUACAGACGUGUGUGAAAGCUCGCGGAACGAAGAAGUUUCCUGUCCAGACUGCAGGGGUGUGAUGCAGUGGAAAGUGAUGAAGCGGGGCGACUGCAGCAACUCGAAAGCCGUUGGCAGUAGCUGUGUGACCCCAGCCAGCAAAGGCUGGUCGUGCUGUGUUUGCAAGCAGUGUUACUGCAUUGCCUGUUUCGCCAGCUUGCGGAAGAUCGAUGAGUCGAAGGACUCCGAAGAUGAGGAAGAUGAAGAUUGGCAAGUGGUGGCAGCCAAGCAGAGGCGGCAGCGGCCUGAAAAGAAACCCAGUUGGUCCAAUCAGCAGACGCAAAGCUCCGUUCUAGUGGAGAACUUCUGCCAAGCACGGGAGAUGGAUGACUGGGUUCGAAGAGAGCUUUUGGCCAUCCCUGCGCAGGAGGUAGGCAGCAUUCUGGCGACGUUAUCCAACGCCCUGGAGGCCAAUCCGUCCGCAGACUUGCGGGCAAUCAUCGCACACAAGCGAUCUCACUGUGCCAUGGCGCGGCGGCGCCUAGAUGAGUCCACCAGCAAACGACUGCAGGAAUGGAUCGCCAACUUGAAUCUGACGGACCUGGACCGCAAUGAGAUGUAUGCGGUGCUCAAUGAUGGAUUCGACAAGUUGGAGAUCGAAUACCUGAUGCAGCAGUGGAAUUUCGCGCGCAAAGUCAGAGAAGGAACCUACUCUUCACCUAUAGCUGUGGCAUGCUCCAUCAUCACCAGCCAACGUCUCAACAGCUAUCAAACCUCAGUGAGUUCCUUCGCUCAUUGGGCGCGCCUGAGUCGGAAAUCUGCGGAGCAGUUGAUGCACGUGGGACCAAAGACAGGCGAAGCUUUCAUCGCAAAGUGGAGGGCUACUCGCUUUCAGGAUUUGGAGAUGAUCGAGAGGGACAUUCAAAAGAUGUAUAACGAGGAGAGGAGCGGAAAGUCCAGAAAGCACUAUGCACCUCCAGUCCGAGAACAAAUGAGUCGCUUUCGACAGCAAUUUUCUGCCUACGCUGAUGAAGACGAAGGCUUUGAGAACCUCCAUGAGGUCAGUCCUGAGGAGACGCGUCCGCCCCUCCAUGUUCCAUAUGAAUAUGCAGAUGCUGCGCCCGACGAUGAUGAGGACGAACAGGUGUGCCCAUUUGACGAAGACGAAGAUGAUGAGUUUGGGGAAGUUGAGCUGGCACCAUUGCCUGCCUUUGCCAAACGUCAUGCAGGUGAAGACAUGUCGAUUUCGAUGACUUCCAAUAGUUCAAUCAGAUCCAAUACAAGCAUCUGUCGCGACAGCGAGGAUCGGCCCGGAAAGCGCGUGCCGGUGGAGACGCACUUCAUUGUGGUCGUGGACAUCUCGGGGUCGAUGUGCGAAUUUGACUGCAAACAAGAUGGGUUCAAGACUGGUGCCAUUUCGCGUAUCGAUGCGGUUUUCAACGAAGUGCGUCAGCUGGUUGACCUUAAUGGUGUUCGAGCGGGUUGUGAUGAUCGAAUGAGCUUCAUCACCUUCAGCGAGACUGCCACCAUCCACUUCCAGGAGCAGCCACUGGAAAAAGCUGCGAAGCUAUUGAAUGGCAUGCAGAGACCAAAGCCGAUGGGCCGCACCUUCUAUGCAGAAGGUCUCAGGGCCGCCGCGUCCUGUGCCCGCAAAGACUCCAAGCAUCGCCCGGUCGACGUGGUCUUCCUCUCUGAUGGAGCCGGAGAACCCAGCGAUUCACAGGAUAUGCUGAACACCGUCCAGCUGGACCUCUUGCCAACCCGAUCUCGUCGGAAAGAGCUUGCGGCUGCAGAAGAUCAAGGGCUUCGAUACUGGGUUUUCAAAGUUCUUAUCCACUUCAGUAAUCUCAUUCCAGAGUGGGCUCGCCAACUGGAUGACAAUAGCCCUUUGCGAUUCUACCACAGGUGCACUGCAUUGGCUUUGGGACUGGCGCCUCUGCAGCAGCUGGUGGUGCUGUGGAUGGACGUGCAAGGUGCAAGCAGCGAGAAGAGGACAAUGACAAAGAUGCCGCUGGGUAUGCUGCGCUUGGUGUACCUUUUCGUCAUUACUGCGGCAAUUCGUCGUGACACAAGUUUCUCCUUGGUUCAAGAGAAAGAUGGCGGGAGCAAGACCACCUGCCAGUAUACAGUUGAGCGUGGCAGACCGGAGCCACGUGAUGGCACAUUCAGGCGCACGCAUUGGAAAAAAGUGGUGACAUACUACAAAGAUCAGGAUUUUCUCCAAUGCAGAGCCCGCUGCGAUGCGCUUCCCACGUGUGUGGCCUUCAUCCGUCGAGCCUCGGAUGAUGUGGGCUAUCUCGGGAUGUCUAUGAAAAGUCUGAGAGCUGCGGAUGAUGAUCCAACCAAGUUGCUGGAGGUGCCGAAUGAUGUGGUCGUGGGUGACUGCUGGUUACUAGAGACCGGCAAAUUGGCAAAGUACAAGCUCAUCCAGAAGAUUACUAGUCGAAUCACCGCCAAGGGCAAGUACGACCAUCCCUUCCGCACCCUUCAUUAUGAGCAAAAGAACCUCUUCUACCAGUCGCUUAAAGAUGAGAAGGUCACCUUUGCAAAGAGAGAUUGCAGCUGCGAAUAUCGCUACCUUGGAGUCGUGCCCUCACCGUCUCAGAGCGAUCAGAGCGAUGAGUACAAAGUCCUGAAAAAAUGUGAGGGCGAAUACCGCUACAUUCGACGAGAAUACGUCAAAGUUGGCUUCGAGGCUGUCUACCAGCGCACUGAUGGAGAGACGUUUAUCUACUUAUGCCCCAAUGCCACGAAGAACGCUGAUGGCAUCCUGACUCGUGAGUGGUAUUGCUUUGACAAAGACGAUCCCGUGUUCUUGAAGGAGAAGGCGAAGAAAGCCGGAAAGUCCAUGAAGGGAAUCAAAUCUUUCCUUCUGGGUGGUCCAUUGAUUGAAGAUCUUGAGACAUGCCUUGGUCAGAGGUUACCCAGGCAGGGGGCAGCCUUGCCACCCCUCGACUUGCCAUUGGGACCUGAAGACAAGGAUGGUGAGCCGACGGCCUUGACCUACCCACGCAUGAAACCCAUGGUGCUUGGAACCGCUGCGGAGGGUGCCAGCUACGAGGUGGAAAGCUUAAAAAUUGGCACCAGCCAGGGAUUCUUUUCAUGCGCUGCCGGCAAGAAAGAGUCCGAAGACAUCAAGAAGGACUUCUUUUUGAAGACCAGCCAGUGCAUGUUGUCCGUGAAUAGCAGCCGCCUGGCCUGGGUUCAGUGGAUGAACAAGAAGGGCUCGACCCAACAUGCCAUCGUGCGCAUGCUUGCGGGCAGCAUGCGUGGCUACUUCAGUCUCUUCACACACCAUGAUCGUAGCUACAUCAGCAUCAUUUGGCGAGCUUUGGCUCUUUGGGAAAAGCUGGAGAAGGCUAUCGCUCUCGUCAACUACAUCCAAGAUGGUGAGUCUUCCAGUGGCCACCCCAUGGAGCAAGGGGAGAAGUACGCCUGUGCUGAGUUGAUGGUGGAUGAGAUCAAAUCCGCUGGGGGCAUCAUGCCCAAGGUCUCCCAGACAUUGGCGAUGAAGCCGGACGUGGUCAAGGAUGACUUUGUGCGUUCUGCCCUGAAGUCAACUCAGACCGAGAACCCAGCCAAAAGCCUGGAGUAUGUGAGACAGUACGUGGUGGAGAAGUUGAAGGCAGCCGUUGAAAACGAGGAGCGAACGAACGACGGCGAUAUCAUUUCCAGCAUUGAUGAACACCUGACGCUGAACUCUACCUUGGCCACAGGCAGCGUGGCACAGGUCUUGAGGGCUUGGGUGAAGCCGGAUGCCUCCUCACGCGUCCGCGAUCUCUGUGACAAAGGUCAGCCGACUUGCGCCGUGGUGUUGAAAGUGGUCUUUGAUGAGAAUGAGAAGAACUACGAGGAUGAUUGGGAAGCCAUCCAGUUUCUGGGCAACGACCUGUUGAAGAUAAUCCAUGAGAAACUGGAAGGUGGCGGAUUGGCCCAAUCCAGCAUGGCAUGGAUCUUUAAGCUGAAUGAGACACAGAUGGAGGAAAUCAGGCAUGCCGUAUCAGCUGGUUAUGAUACCUGGCAAGCAGUUCGACAAGGUUUGGGUGCAGUCAUGGAUGAAUUUGAUUUGCGAGUUGAAGACCUCAACGCAAAAGCAGGGCGUGCUGCUGUGAAGACUUUUGACGCUGAUGUGAAGCUGAAGAAAGAACUGGGAGUUGAUGGCAUCACCUUUGAUGUGCCCAAAGUGUUGAUGACCAAGUCUCGCUACAUCAUGCUGCAGAGCUUUGCAAAGGGAGACACGCUGACCAGUUACCAUGCCUCGAUCUCCGGACAAUCAGGUAAACUCAAGGAUUGGAGGAGGAAUAUCUAUCCUUCGAUCAUGGGCUUGUAUGGCUAUCUUAUGGUGGAGAGGGGCUUUUUCCAGGGAGAUCCACAUCCCGGCAACUGGUACUGGGAGGACGAAUCUAAGACGCUGACGCUGAUUGAUUGGGGUUUGGCCGAUGACUUCUCGGGUGGCCUUGCACGGGCUGGAAAAUUGUACCUGGAUGCGACCGGGAAACCGCCAAAGAAGGGGACGAAGGUCUAUACGCAGGAGGACGUUGACCAAACGAUUUCUGAGCACAAGUGCCAAAUGGCAAACUUCUACAAAAUGAUGGCAGACUACCGGCGGAAGGAGCUCUUGUGCCAAGGCUUCACGGUCAAAGAUAGCGCCAAGAACGGCUUGGGGGACAUGGUUCUGGUGCCCUCGCCCGCAGCCACUAUCAUUUUGGAUGGCACUGAACAUCAACUGCACACCAAGUUCUUUGCGAGAAACCUCAGCCUGGGAAAGGCAGUCAUCGGGGACAGCUUCUUUGCAACCCCAAGCUUUGGUGUCGGCGACAAGAAGCCCUUCGUCCUACAGAGGCGCCGAAGUCCCACCUGCUUCAUGAAAGAUGGCGAAGAAGUUUGUGGCCAUGGCUGGGAGUUCUCGCAGAUUGAUGGGGAAGGUGAAAAGACUUAUGUGCCCUUGAAGACUUGCGUCAGCGAGUCCUGUGUAAAGACAUCCUAUGCUGCUGAUGACGUGGAUGAGGAGGCGUGUAAGAAGACAUGCAAGACGGUGGAUUGCAUCAAGCACUGCGAAAAGUUCACAAGCCCACCGCCAGCAAAGUUGGACAGUCUGGAGAUCCGUCCGGUCAGCCUCAAAAGUUGUAAACCCCUACCAUUCCGCGAGCAGGCCUAUGCGGAUGGUGCCGCAAGUCUGGGCUUUUCCACCGAGAACAUGAAUCCUGUGGUCUUAUCACUCUUUGCCGCUCUCUUCACCAACGAUUUGCUGGAUUUGAAAGCCCGGCAGGAAAACAUCAAGCUGAAUGACCCCAAAGAGCCUGGAACAAGCCUUCCAGACUAUUCCGCCGUGAUGCUGCGUUCGCUGGCCGUGUUUUUGGGGAUGAUCCAGGACAUGGUGCAAGAGAACAAGCCACCAUUUGUUUCGGUGAUGAUCACUGAGUACAUGACCGACACUGCGCCGGAUGAGAUGUUCCUCUACUGGCGCAUUUUCGCCAAGCGCUUCCUGAGAGACAAUAAGAACCAGUGCAGUGUUACGGACACCGUGGGGGAGGGCCACUUCCACCGAGCAUCAGCGAGCACCACCUCCCUUCGCGGAGCCUUCGGCGCAGUGACAAGCACGAUCACAGCUUCGCGCACCGUGUCCUUGGCGAAGAAAGAGACAAAAGCGGGGGACGAGAGUCCUGAGAAUGGCGAAAAGAGAAAGAAGAAAAAAAAGGAGAGUGUAGAAAAACCCAAGACCUUUGAAUUAAGAAACGUUAUUUUUGACCUCGAUGAAGAUGAACUCGGCAAACGAGACAUCAAGGCGAACAGGAUCUUCUAUGAGUUUGAUGGAAGCAAUUUUCAUUCUAGGAGUGAGGAGACGCAAGUUUCCAUCCGAAGGAACCCCUUUACAAAAGGAGGCAUGCGGCAUUGCUACGGACUUCGAGAUAUGGGCCUGCGGAUGAGAAACCAAGAACAAAUGGUGGCCAAAAUGAGUAAAUGGGUGGAAGAAGGUGAUGUCGACCCACUGACCACGGUAGACAUCUAUGCCAAGCAGACCGCUGUCGCUCACUACUAUGCCAGAAACUUCCGACAUAUGUGUCGCAAGCAUGCUGGGAUCGAUUAUUUUCUGGACUUCGUGCCGUGCUACGCAUAUCGCCCAAUCCAAGCUGAAGAUGAAGCAGAACUGGAAGGUUUCUGUGGCGAGCAAUAUGUGACCGGAGAGUUUGUGAAGCUCACUUCCAACGCUGGUUUCGUCAAUCGGGAAGAGUAUGGGGCUCAUGCCGUUAUCGGUGCAGCCUUCUCCCACUUCACCUUCGAGUUGAGUAAAGGAGCACUGCUCGUGGCCGAUAUCCAGGGUGUUUGCAAAGGACAUCGUGACGACGGCAGAAAUUCCAAGCAGGGCCCCAACGAGGAGGACAAACAACGACAAUGGCUGCUCAGCGACCCUCAGGUGCUGACAGAUGGUGCCUCCUACGACUUUGGCAAAGGUGAUCUGGGCUUGAAAGGAAUGCAGAUGUUCUUCAAGACCCACAAGUGCGGUUGGCUCUGCAAGAAAUUGGGCUUGAAAGACAUCGGGGAGUACAAAGAGCCCACAACACGUUGCCACAUCCCAGGCGGCCAGUUCAAAGCAGAGCUUCAUGCGAGGCAGUACCAAUGUCCUCGCCGGUCUCCAUGGCAAAGAGGGCCCAUUUUCCAAGCCAUGACGUCUCGCUGGAUUUUGCCCGUGGCGGUGGCCAUGGCCGUGUGGGGCACCGCCUUCACGGGCGUUUGGCGGCCCCAAGGGGCCCAGGGGGCGAGGCGACCAACAGCCACAGCGCGACAGGCGGAUGCCUCCAUGUUGACACCUUUCGGGCCAGUGGUGACCUAUGCCAAGGCGCUCAUGGAUGCCGCAACAGAGAAGAAAGAAGUUGUUCUGGUCACAGAUGACGUGCUUACCAUCAAGGACAAAUUCCAGGAGGAGGAGUGGCUAGAGAAGCUGUUGCUGGUGCAGAGCAACCCGAAGCUGACAGCCGUGCAGAAGGCGAAGCAAACAGUGGAUUUGUUGACGCCUCUGAAGUCCACGGUGAUGCCCAAAUUCAUCGUCUUUUUGGCCAAGAAGAAUCGCCUGAACGGCCUGAAAUCCAUUUGCUUCGAAUAUGUCCAGAGCAUGUACUACACUCAGUCCAUCACCCCCGUCACCGUCAGAGUGGCCCAGCGAUUGACCGAGACGCAGAUGGAGAAGGUGAAACAAAAGAUGAAAGAGAAGGCUGGCACCAGAGACGUGAAACUCAUCAUGGAAGUGGAGCCCAACCUCAUUGGAGGUCUCCAAGUCGAAUGGGGCUACACAGAUCCACAGAAGCGCUAUGCACCCACGCAUGGCAUCAACUUGUCGUUGAAGAACAUCUUGGGGAAACGGGCCCUUCAAAAGGGUGUCGUUGAAGCCCUUUGA